AAGAAAAACCCUCAGCUUCCAUUGCGAAGGGAAGUUUGCAGCUCUCAUGGACGAGUUGGAAAGCCUGCAAGGGCCCAGAAGGCUCCAAUGGAAGAGAGCACAAAGAGCUGCCGGCACUCUUUUGUUACGGCCGUUCCAAGCCGACUUGGGGACGCUGGAAUAUUCGGGUUAGAGGCAUCACAGCGAGGCACGCAGGGACAGAGCGAUGGGUGGCUCUCUCUAACAAAAACCAGGCGCUCCUUGAGCUUUAGCCCAAUCUGGGGUUGCCUUGAAACCUCUCCAUCUCCGAACUCCUCCACCCUGGGAAAGGAUGGGAAGGCUUUGCUGCCUUUAUGCUCCCGGCUACCACAAGCCCACUGGGACUAGGGUCAGGGGGGCCCUUUCUGUGCUGGGCGGGGAGGGGGUUCCUGCCCCCACUGCAGCCCUGGGGCCCGGGCGAGGAGGGCGGCAGCCAAGAGAGGGGGGUUGUAGCGGGCCCGGGCUGCAGUGACUCCUCCUAGAGGCGGUAUGUGCGGAGCGGGAGGAAACCCCUGCCGCCCCCCUCACCAGCAGCCGCCAUCGCCAUUGAAACAUACAAUACGGGGAGAGCGGCUGAGGCGGAGCGAGGGCGGGGGGAGCCGAAAAGGGAAAGUGGGGAGGAAAGGGGAGGGGGGGGGGGGCAAGGAGAGGAGGAAAAGAGGGGGAGGAAAAAGAGGAAGGGAAGACAAGAAGGAGGAGGCGGCGGCAGCGGCGGAGGGUGCCGGCAGCCCUUGGAUUUGGAGCAAGGCACUGAGAAGCACAAAGCUGCAAGAUGUCGGGGAGGAGCGGGAAGAAGAAAAUGUCCAAGCUGUCGCGCUCGAGCAGGGCUGGGGUGAUUUUCCCCGUGGGGAGGAUGAUGCGCUACCUGAAGAAAGGCACCUACAAGUACCGGAUCGGGGUGGGAGCGCCCGUGUACAUGGCAGCUGUCAUAGAGUACCUUGCAGCUGAAAUCCUGGAGUUGGCAGGAAACGCGGCGCGGGACAACAAGAAAGGAAGGAUUGCCCCCAGACACAUCCUCCUGGCAGUUGCAAAUGAUGAGGAGCUGAAUCAGUUGCUCAAAGGUGUGACUAUUGCAAGUGGAGGUGUCCUGCCCAGAAUUCAGCCUGAGCUUCUAGCCAAGAAACGGGGUGCCAAAGGCAAAUCUGAGACCAUCCUUUCCCCUGCUCCUGAGAAGAAGGGGAGGAAAUCCAUGGUGAACAAAAAGAGUGGGAAGAAGGCAAAGUCCACCAAGGCCAGGACGUCCAAAAAGAACAAACAGAAGGACAAUGAAAAAGAAGGAGCUUCAAAUUCAACAACAGAAGAUGGACCUGGGGAUGGUUUCACUAUCUUGUCCUCCAAGAGCCUUGUGCCAGGACAAAAGCUUUCUCUGACACAGAGUGACAUCAGCCAUAUUGGCUCCAUGAAAGUAGAAGGCAUCGUUCACCCUACAACUGCUGAAAUAGACCUCAAGGAGGAAAUAGGCAAGGCACUGGAAAAGGCUGGGGGCAAAGAGUUCUUGGAAACAGUGAAAGAGCUUCGCAAAUCUCAAGGACCUUUGGAAGUUGCUGAAGCUGCACUCACUCAGUCUAGCGGCCUUGCAGCAAAGUUUGUCAUCCACUGUCACAUCCCACAGUGGGGCUCGGACAAGUGUGAAGAGCAGCUCGAGGAGACUGUCAAGAACUGCUUAACAGCUGCAGAAGACAAGAAGUUGAAGUCUGUGGCUUUCCCCCCAUUUCCCAGUGGCAGAAACUGCUUCCCAAAACAGACAGCAGCCCAGGUGACCCUCCGAGCCAUUUCCACCCAUUUCGACGGCAGCAGCUCUUCCUCCCUGAAGAACAUUUACUUCCUGCUCUUCGACAGUGAAAGCAUUGGCAUCUACGUGCAAGAAAUGGCCAAGCUAGACACUAAGUAGCA